AUGACAGAAGAAACCCACAUUGGCGACCUGCUCGCCACCGAUCAGAAGCAUGAGAUCUCUGACUCCCAUCGCGAAACUCUGCCGCUUAUCGUCACCGAGGAAGAGGCUUUGGCUCGCGCCAGAACCCAACCUGAUGUCGCCCUGCCGUUACGCAUUACUUUUGGUCCACAUGAUCGGGAUAACCCUCGCUGCUGGGGGUACUGGCGAAAAUGGUACAUUACUUUGUUCGUCAGCAUGCUGAACGUUGUCACCACUUGGUCCUGCGGUUCCUUUUCCUCCGGUGCUACUGGCAUUGCUGAGCAUUUCCAUGUCUCCACCGAAGUCACCACUCUAUGUCUGUCCAUGUAUGUGCUGGGAUAUGCCAUCGGACCUGUGUUGCUGGCACCACUGUCCGAGUACUUUGGUCGCCAACCCAUCUAUAUUGUCUCUUGGUUCAUCAUGUCCCUGUUCCAGAUGCCUCUGGCACUGGCUCCUAACAUCGGCACCAUUAUCGUUUGUCGGUUCAUCGCAGGCUUUGCUGGCGGCGCGCCGUUGACCAACACUGGUGGAACAAUCAGCGAUCUGUGGGAGCGUAACAACAGUGGUGGGCCCAUGGCUUUCUACGGGCUCAGCAGCACCUUCGGGCCGCCGAUGGCGCUCGUAAUAAGCGGCUAUAUCGGACUAAACCUCAACUGGCACUGGAUUUUCUGGAUCAUGAUGGCCAUUACCGGUGGUGUUUGGAUCGCACUGGUCCUCACCAUUCCGGAAACCCGCCACAGCAUUAUCCUGCAGCGCAAGGCUGCGCGCAUCCGCAAGCAGAUGGAACAGGAGGGUUUGCGCUCGGCCGCCACGACUACUGACCUCCACGCCGAUGACCGACAGGGUCUGCACCAGCUGUUCGGAAUCACCCUCACCCGACCCUUCCGCUUCCUGUUCACGGAGCCCAUCACCGCCUUUUCGGCCAUCUACAACGGCUUUCUCUACGGCCUGGUCUACCUCUUUAACGAAGCAUUCCCGCUCGUAUUUGGCUCGCCCAACGGCCACGGCUUCAACGUCGGCCAGCAAGGCCUCUGCUUCUUGGGGAUGGCGAUCGGUCCAAUUGUCGCCUUUGCGCUGUAUCCACUGCAGGAGCGUUACUACCUGCGUCGCGUGGCCGAAAAUGAGGGUCGGAGUGUCCCGGAGGCGCGCAUGUGGAUGGCGCGCAUAGGCUCACUGCUGAUCCCGAUCAGUCUGUUCUGGUUUGGCUGGACCAGCUACCGCUCCGUGCACUGGAUCGUGCCCAUCAUCGCGUCGUCCUUUUUCGGCGCGGGUUUGUACAUUGUCAUCCUCAGUAUCCUCAACUACGUGGUCGACAGCUACCAGACGUAUUCUGCGUCCGCACUGGCGGGGGUGAUUCUCGUGCGGAACAUUGUGGGGGCUGGGUUUCCCUUGUUCGCCACGCAGAUGUACGAGAAGUUGGAUUACGAGUGGGCGUCCAGUCUGCUGGGAUUUAUCGCUAUUUUGCUUGUGCCGAUUCCGUUCAUCUUUUUCUACAUGGGCCGGGCCAUUCGACUACGCAGUCCAUGGGCCCGGGAACACUUUGAUUCGAACGAGGAUAGUCCGCACUGA